UGGUGAAAAGGGGGAGUAACGUCUCGCAUCAAUGCGGAUGGAGAGUCCGGUUGAUGCGGUGAUAUGUUCUGCUAGCAUCUGGCUGGGAUGCCUGAUUGAUGACUGCUUGAAAAUAGUUGUAGUCUCAUUCUCUUUCUUCAGCUGUCGGCUUGUUUAAUGAGACGACCAACUGCUCCUACACGUAGAACCCGAAGCCACUUAGAAAACGCCGCAAGCUGCGAGCACGAGUUUCUCCGUUGAACGUAAACAAACAGCUCCUGUGUUCGUAAGUCGGUCCGUUGGAGCUCUUGAUUUGCGAGUGUCAUGCCAGCGCUAGGAGGGAGCUAGGCAAUGGAUCUCAAGGCCAUUCUGAGAGAAACUGUCGGCGUGCGACAGAGUCAUGUCAGGACGAUUGGCGUCGAUAAAGCGACUUGCCUCGUGCACAAGGAAUGGUUGAGCCUCCUGGUGAAGGACAAGGCUGUCCCGAGCUCGUUCCUGCACCAGGAGGGCCUGACAGAUGCCGAAUGCGAGAUACUCAUGCACGAGACGCCUUCGACCACAGCCAAGGACUUCACCUUUGUCACCGUAAUAAGGAUUGUCAAGAUGGACAACAGGUAUGUGUCCCUUCGCCUGAAAGAGCCCUGGAGCCGGUCUCAUGACAUGGGUUACCUGGAGCUUAUCCGCUAUGUCUCAGAGACCAACUAUCGCAACAUCUGGAAGGAGGCCAACAGUUCCAGCUCCAAGACAGCUGACAAGCAGGAUGAAAACUUCGUCAAGCUGAAGCCGUUCAAGGACUACAACAGCGCUGUCCGGGAGAUCAUCAGCCGUCUCUAUGCCUGUCCGAUCAUAUGCUUUGGUGCAGAGGGACACGAUGAAAAUCCUGAAGCAGGGGGAGAGCAAGCCCCUCUGCACCCGCACCUUGUUCCUGUCUACUGUGCACUCGAAACAUCAUCUGAGUUCCUGCUGUUCCUGGAGUUCCGGGAGCACACUGUUGAGCACUGUGGCAUGUUCAGCUCAUCUGCGCUUGUUGGAUCGCGGCUACUUUUUGUAGUGUACCAGCUGUUGCGGGUCCUCCGCUACCUUCACGACCUGGGGCUGCCUCUUGGGCCGUUGACGCUUGCCGACCUGAGUUUGGACCACCGCUUCUGGCUGCAAGCAACGCCGCCCUGGUGGCUAGCCCUGCAGGCUGACUCGUGGGUGGAGUCGUCAUUGACUGGCCAGCUGCCCAUCAUUAGGAGCUCGAGCUCUCGCAAGGUGUCACGCAUUACACCCUCUGCGGGCAUACAGGAGGAGGAGAAAGUUGAGCCUCUUCCGCCGCUUAAUGAGCUUGUCGACACCUGGGUCAGGGGCAAGCUCAGCAACUUUGACUACCUGAUGGCACUCAAUCAGCUGUGUGGUCGGACCGGCGCGAAUCCCCAGCACCACCCCGUGCUUCCAUGGGUGAGAGACCUGUCGCAGCCCGAGGGUGGCUGGCGGGACCUGAGCAAGUCCAAGCUGCGGCUGACAAGGGGGGAUGACCACCUGGACGCAACCUAUGGUUCGGCGAUGCAGUCGCAGUCAGCCCAGCCCCAGGCCUAUCUGCCCAUAGACCGAGUUGUUCAGGUGCCGCAUCACUUGUCCGAGCUGCUUGCGGACAUCACGUACUACGUGUACUUCGCAAGGCGUCUGCCGCGAAGCAUCCUAUGCAAGCACGUCCGGCACAAAUGGGUUCCCGCCGAGUAUCCGGCAUCCAUACAACGGCUGCAGGCGUGGACAGUCGACGAGUGCAUUCCGGAAUUUUUCACGGACCCAUCCAUCUUCGAGUCCAUACACGAUGACCUGGAAGACCUUGGAGUGCCCGGCUGGUGCUCAAGUCCUGAAGACUUUGUGCGUAAGCAUAUGGCCAUGCUCGAGAGCGAGCGCGUCUCCGAGCACCUCCAUCACUGGAUCGACAUCACUUUCGGCUACAAGCUGACGGGACAGGCGGCCAUCAAGAGCAAGAACGUGUGCCGGCCCCUGGUGGACGGCCACACAACGCUGCACAGCUGCGGCAUGGUGCAGCUCUUCUCCACGCCACACCCACACCGUGCAGCGUCCAGCCUCUACCUGUCCCGCUGCUCGGCGCCCAAGACAUUCCGAUUCCAGCACAGCAGCAACGCCGUCGCAUUGGGGUCACCCCAGUCGAGGCCACAGUCAAGUUCGAUGUCAUCCCGACGGAAGAGCCGACAGGACACGUUUGACAAAGAGCUCAGCCUCCAGCCUGAAGCUAAAGAAGGAGGCGAAGAUGACGCUGCUCCCGAAGCGGCCCAGAGCAAAAGAAAGCCAUCAACCAUUGUCAAGUCGAGGUCAGUUGGCCAGCAGCUGGCUUCGACCACCGGCAGCUCGGUCCCGGCCGAGACCCAGGUGAUUGUCCUUCCCAAGGACUACUCGCCGCUGUCCAAGCUGCAGCAGCUCGAGUCCCUGUGCAACUUCUGCCUGCACCACCCGCCUCACCGGCUGCCUCCCUCCAUCAGUCUGGCCUCAGCCAGUCAGCCGGGCGAGGACGAACAAGACGGAAGCUUCCCGCGGCGUCGGAGUCAGACCUCGCAUGCUGCAGACAUGUACUUGCUGGGAUGCCUCCUCGUCGAGAUGUCAAUCUUUUCGACAACUGCACGACACUCCUCGAGGGAUCUUUCCGAGCGUUACUUGCACGCUUUGCAGAUCCUCAAGAUUCAGCCAUCAAGGCUGCCCAAGUCUCUUCACAACGCCGUCCAAGUCCUGCUCCAGACCGAGAAGCCAGUCGCCGUGCCCUUUGUCAAGGGAAAAGAGGCCGCCAGCAGCCGCGCUGAGUGGCGCUACCCCUGCGUCUGCGAUGGCGGACUGCCCCCGCCGUCUGCUCACCAGCUCCUCCAGCCACUGCUGUCGACGAUCCCGUUUCCGGCUUACUAUCCGGCUCUGUAUGACUUCCUCACCAAGCUGGAUGCUCAGCCGACUGCACCUGAGAAGGUCUACUUUGUGGCCCGUGAGCUGCCACCGCUGCUGACCCAGCUAAGCCAGGUCGACCUGGACCUCGUCAUGAACCACCUGAGCGACCUCUUUUCGAACCCCGAGUCGUCUUUGCUGGCUGUUUGGCAGCUGUUUGACCUCGUGGGGCUUGCUCUGGGGCCAAAGGUCCUUGCCGAACGACUCCUGACUGUGCUCAUCAACCUUCUUUCGACUGACCAACUGACCGUGCGGCACUUCCGGCUUUUCCAUCGGUCCUUUUUGCUCAAGCUCCAGGUGCGCCUUGGAAUGCGCACCUUUCUGCACUGCUUCAUCACGCUAUUGGUUGAAGCUGUGGGUGGAUACCGGGACAACAGCACAGCCCAGAUUGUGGAUCCCGAGAAUCCGAGUGCAGCUGUUCGAAAAGGAUCGCACCUUGACAGUGCGGAACUCGACCCGCUUCGUCAGACCAGCACAUCGGCAUCGCGAGAGGCGUCGCCAAUGCGCACCAGCCAUCGAAGUUCCUCUUCUGAGCGGGACAUGCCAUCCACGUCGCCGGAGCCAGCCACGUUCGGCGAGCCAGAGAUGUUUGAGCUCGAUCAAGAUCAGGAGCUAGAGCAGUCUGCAUCGUACUCGUACGAGAGGAAGGACACAGCAACAUUUCCGGAAAUUACGACAUGGCCUCCUUCAGCUGACAAGGAAGAACAGCCAAACGCAAGCCAGCCCGAGAGGCUGGAAUCUGAAGGGACAGAACCCUCACCACAGAUGCCAUCAAUUCCUGCCAUUCCAGUUACUGAGACGUAUGAGGUCACUCCCUCGGAAGCUACCGAAAGCGGCGGCUGCAACCUCAGCGACAUAGCCUCGGAGAGCGCAGUGUGGCUCGCGCAUCGGCUCGGCCCCGUCCUAACGGCCAAGCACCUCAGCCGGAACCUGCUGCGGAUGCUGACACUUUGCUACAUGGGGCCCCAGCAGCUAAGCCCAGCUAAGGGACCACUGCUCGAGGGCGAUGUGAGCCUUUUCGAACAGGGUGUGGUUGGGGACCAAACUGCUGCUAAAGUUCUCGAGACUCUGUCCAACUUGGCGAUGCUUUACGGGGAGAGCUUCAUCACACGCCAGUACCUGCCCCAUGCUGUCGAACUGUUGUGCAUGUGCAAAAAGCACCUGACUGACAACCUCGAAGCCGGACUCAUCGGAGCCGUCACGAUGGUCAAACACGUGCUUCCUUUCCUGUCCGACACAACCCUCAUGAGCCAGCUUCAGGAGGUGGUGCUGAAAAACAUACUGUACCCGCUGGUCCAACUGGCCUCAUCGCUUCAGCACUGCUUUCCGCGCGGGGUGGUCAGCCGCCAGGUCCUGACACGGAAGAUCGCUGACACGCUGUACCUCGUAGGUCUGCGCAUCGGCUUCCAGAUGUCCCGACGGCACCUGUCGGUGCUUCUGCGACGCUUCUUCGCGUCCUUCAACCGUGCCUUUCCACCAGCAGGCGGCCUUUCGGCGGUGCAGCACCUGACGCAGGUCCCCGCACCUGGGGACAAAGAAGAGCAGCUGCUAUGCCGAUCGAUAGAGGAUUAUCUUCCCAUCAAGCGGGAAGCCGGUGGCCAGGAAUUGAGGAUCGGCACGCCAGUCAAGUUGUCCUCUGUGCUCCGGUGCCGAGGUUCGCCGCCCUACCCCCACACUCCCCCCUAUGAGGAGAGAGAAGGGGAUGAUCGCAACAUACCCGAACGUGCCCACGAAGAAGUCAAGCAGGUGUUCACUGCGGAGCUGGCUUUCAUGACCUACAUUCCACUAUGCAAGCUCGCUGGCGGUAUCUACAUGGAGCAGACACUCACCAACCACGAGCUUAUUCUGGAGCUGUGCGCCUCACACGACUCGGCUCUUGCCAUGAGCGAAUCGGGAACUGAUGCCACAAGUGGCCCACGAAAGUUUAGGAAGGGCCACUACCGAAUGCCUUCAGCAGGUCAAGACGAAGCCAUUGUGAGCGGAGAGUUUGGCAAAAACGUGGCCAUGGUCGGAAACCGAAUCGACGUGCAGCUCGGCGAGGAGAGCCACCUGGUGACAGCCGGCGAGUUGCCGGAUGCUGCGCCCAAAUAUGACAUAAACCUGCUGAUGAGAAAGAUGACCAAUGGCCAACGCCACCUGAAGGGCAGCUGGUUGGCCUACUGGGAGCACGAGAUUGGCGUCAGUCUCAUCAAGGAUAGCCACUUCGACUUCAAGCAGAUUCGGCUGCAGACAUUCACUGGUCACACGGGCAGUGUGCGGUCUCUUGAGGUGCUCGAGAACGAGAACUCUUUCCUGUCGGGUAGUCGGGACCGCACGGUGAAGCUGUGGUCGCUGCGCAGCUGUGGCGAUGGCUCGACGGUCGUGGCGCCCCAGUGGACGUACCCGCAUCACCGCAAGUCGAUCUCCUCCAUAGCCUUCUUGCCGUCCCUCAGACUGGUGGGAUCAAGCGACCAUGGCGUGCAUAUCUGGGAUCCAUUUAUGGGCUCGUGCCUGAAGCAGUUCGACACCAGCAAGACACAACCAGUCACAGUGUUGCUUGCAAUGCCAUCUCCGAGCACAACAUUCCUUGCUGCCACGUCAAACUCGACGGUCCGGUUCCUGGAUGCCCGUGCCAUGCGCUACACCCACGAACUGCGGGUCUCGAUAGGCUCUGCUGGCGUCAUUCGGUCCCUGGCAGUCAGCCCCAGCGGGAACUGGCUGGCGGUGGGCCACAGCUCUGGUGUGUUGUCGGUCCUGGACGUCAGAACCGGUUUCAUGCUUGGCUCGUGGGUGGCCCAUGAUGGCGAGAUCCUGCAGACAAAAGCCUUCAAUGAUGCGUAUUUCAUUUCAUCAUCGCUGGACCACUCCAUUUCCGUCUGGAACGCUAUAGAUACAAAGUUGCACUACAACCUCAAGGGAGCAACAGAGCCGGUAACUUGCCUAGGCCUGCACAACGCUGGCGUUGUGUCUGGGACCACUGCGAACAAGAUAAACGUGCACACAACUAUUGAUGAAAAGGCUGUCUUCACCAGUACCAAACUUCGGUCAGAAACAUUCCGCGGUGUCAUUGCCUCAAUGGCCGUCUUGCCUCUAAACCGUCUCCUCUUGCUGGGAGCCGACAACGGCAGCAUUUCCCUUCUGUGCUGAUGGGAACGUGACACCAGCUUCAUUUUAGUGCCCACCAGCUUUCUUGAGACUACCAUUCCUUGCUCGUCCAGAAGUGAUAGAAAUCAUCAAACAAACAUGCGCCCUUCUUGCAUUUUCUACAAGAGGAAUGUUCUGUCCUCACGAGACUUGUUGUGCUCCUGUGGUGAAAGUGCACGUAACCUUCUGUAGUUUUUACAGUGCUUGUCCAGCCGCUUCACAAUGCAUAGGCCAGCGGUGCCUUGGGUUGGCACCAUGUUCCCGCACAUUUUAUGCCAGUUGUGAGAGCGUGAACAACUUUUGCCGGGUGCUGCUGCCAGUCAGUGCUCACUUCAUUUGUCGCAUGACAUGCAAUGAAAGAAAGUCGGUGAGGCCCUAACCAUACCCCCACAAAUCCGGACCAGCUAUACCAGGAAAGUGGCGCCCUCUAAAGUGACACCCCGGUUUUGGCAUCAUUGGACAGGCACUGAAACAUACAGCGGGCUUAUGAUGUGCAUUGCCACUGGCAUGUUCUGUCAUGAUUAUCUUGCCAGGCCAACGCUUGCGUGUGAUUGGCUGUUGCCUGCUAGCCAGUUCUGCAUGCACCAAUCUUGUUGAUAUCGAGGACAAUGGUUCUACUGUCUGUAUUUUUUCUGUUAUGUGAUGACGUAUUCGCAUUUCCAUUACGAGUGACGGAUUCAGUCGGCAUUUGCGAUAAUGCCUGCUAAAUUGUCUGGUGAAACGUAACUGUGCAAAAACCUCCUGGCCCACAUUUUGAGAAUGCCGUUUUGAAAAGCAUAGUAGUACCUUUGUGGUGACAACAUGCGACAUUGAUCAUUGCAAUAGCUAAGAUUGUAAUGACACUUUGUAAAUAACUGUGAUCUUGUGAAAGGCUUACCAUUGUUUCUCGACUGGUUGUUUUGUGCUUUGUGGUACUUAUGGCAAGAUUGAAUACAUACUUUUUAGCAAAGAGUUGUGAUUACAUAUGAUUCCUGCAUUUUUCUAGCUUAGUUGAGCAUUAGGCAUACGGCUCCACAUGUUUCAAGAGUUCGUAGUUAAUACCAUAUGAUAAAUAGAUAGUCACACCUUUUAUUGUGAGAAAACUCAUUCCAUCAGAGGGCAUUUUUAUACUGUAGUGCUAUCGUUAUUCCAGAUUAUUUUGUCACUUUUUAUGCAUGAGCCCUUUUGUGGAGAGACCAUGUGACUUGUGAUAUUGUUUUUAAAUUUGUAAGUUAUUGGCCCAGUUGUCAACUCUGUGCUAACCACUUAGUUUUGCGUAUUUGCAGACGGAAGUAAAUGCAAUGGUUCUUACCAAAGAUAUGCGGUUCUCCCAUUUCUGGUCUUAUGGUGGUAUUUAUUUUUGUAAUGUUCCUCCUUGUCUUUCAGUUUAGCCCCGUGAUAUCUAAAGGAUGUGAUCAUUAUCUUUAUUUGAUCUUACUGAAAUAAAAUGUACAUAUUUUGAAGGGAGAUACAGAAGGUAA